AUGAACAACCAGUACGGUGAAGAGCAUGGUGAAGCAACUGUUGCGGGGUUCGAAGUUCCAAACUCACCAGAUUCAAGUUACAACGAUGUGUACCCUGGUAAUGAAGAUGAGGCACGGGACCCACCUGUUGUCCCUACACAUCUGCAAAACACCUUGCUUAGCUACCCAACAAACAUAUAUGCUGCUGGAACUAUUCCAUUACCACAGAAUGUGAUUGUCAACUAA